AUCGGCUAAGGGUGGCCUGGGUGGGGUUCUUCAGGCUGGGAUUCCCCAAAUGAGAGUGAGGGGAGAGGUCACACAUCAGAAACUGGGGCCUUGUAGGAGACCCAGUAGGCUCUGUCUGGCUCUCUCUUUUGUGCUGCCACUGUACCACAUCCAUCACACCUCCAGGACCCUUGUUUGACCCCCUAGAGGGGGGUUCCCUCUAGGAGGCUGGGAGCUUCUGGGGGGACAGAGAUCUGUCUUAUUGAUCUUUGGAUCCAGCCUCGUGUCUGGCACUUGGCAAUCCUGCUGACGAAACAAACGACUCCCAAGCAUUUCUGUGUACCUGGCCUUAGGUAAGCACUCUACCAGAUUAAUCUCAUUUCAUCCUCACAGCACAACUGCUGUUGUAGGCAUCUCUUAGCAAAUGUCUGUGGAAUAAAUGAAUGCGUGAAUGAGGGAAAGAAAGCAAGCCAGGAGUGUGCACCAAAAAACCACCAGGGGCAACAGAUAUUCAGGGGGAUCUUCAUUACUUGGCUCGAGGUAAAAGCCAUAAGCCUAAAGAAACCCUCCCACCAUCCAUGCAAAAGCAGGCUUCCUAAUAAACCAACGCGUCUGUUGGAUAUGGGGAAGAAUGGCCCUCGCUUUAGAGAACAUAUUGGCUAACAUUCCUUUGUACCCAGGGGAUGAAGUUUUAUUAUCCCCAUCCAGAGUGUCUGGACCAGACGACUGGCUCCACUAACCAAUCAUGGCCAGAGAGAAAAGCAACAGCUCAUCUAUUCUCAAACCAAAGGGACUUUUUUGGGUAGCUGUUCCCCAGCUUUAAACUGGCUUAUAAAUAAAAGCCACUCAACGCGUCAUUCCAUUACCUCAGUACACAUUUCCUAAUUGUUUCUCUCGCUGGGUGUGCCAAGGAGUGAGGUGUCUCCCAGCAAGGGCGCCAGGGGGACUUUGCUGAGAAUGUUUCAGGGCUGAGACCGGGACUGGGUCCCAGCCAGUGCUUUUCUCUGGGGGUACUAUUGGAAUAUGAGGCAGGAUCAUUCUCAGUGUGGCCUGUACAGAGCAGUGUCCUGCCCACUCAAUACCAGUAAUCCCCUUCUUUGCCAACAGCCAUAAAACACCCCCCUCCCACCCCACAUACCUCCAAAUGUCUCCAGGGUAACAGGGUGGGGGAGAGGAGUGCCGCCCUGGUGGAAAUCCAUUGCCAUCUACCAUGCAUUGUUUUCCAGGCUAAAAUUACUGUGGCCUUGAUCUAGGCUGUAGGAGUUUAGGCCCUCAGUGGUUCAUUUGUCUCUGUAUUUCAAAGCCAGCAGAUGAAAUUCUCUAGGAAGAGUCAUGGCUCUACCUCGGGGCGGGGUGGGUGGGGGUGGUUUCUCCUCUUUCCUCCCAGGCGUGAGGAUGGCUUUCAUUCAGGCAAAUCCUUGGACGAUUCCUCAUUUUCACAAGAGCAUGUAGAACUUUCUGUCAUCUCACCACUUGCCUGGAGAGUCUGACUGGUCAGUAUUUAACAGACAACAUUGUCACAACACAUUUCAAGCUCAACACAUCAUUUCAACCUACGCAUCAAAAACACAGCAAAAAGUGAACACUGGUUGCUUCUGGAGAGGGGAACUGGGAGCCUGGGUGGGAAAGAGAUGUAUUUUUCACUGUAUAUUCUUUUGUACUUUUUGAAUUUUGAGCCCCAGGCAUAUACAAUCCACUUGAAAAAAAACUAAGCAGGGAGAAGCAAUGAUUAGAGACAUUAGGGAAUAAUGCCUUUCAAGCCUCUAGAGAGUCGAAAUGUCCUCUGGAUUAGAGUAGCCUGGCAGAGCUGGUAUUUGGCCCCCAGCCGAAUGGUUCUGGUUUAUGUCCAGUUCUGAAUCGUGCUUUGUGUGGAGCCCAUAUUGAGGGUAAUAGUCAGCAGGAGACCCGAUCCUGUGAAACUGGUUGCUGUGCUACUCAGGAAUGCUGUUGAGGACAUUAUUAUAUCACACCGAUGUCUCCUUUGUGAAACCCCAUUCUUGCCUGUCAUAAUCUGAAGAACAGUUGGUUUGUGUUGACUUUCUGGACAGUGAAUUACGUAAUUCAUUGGGCAGGUCUUGGAUGAGCAGACAGGAUGACUGGCAGCUUGGGCACUGCUGAGCUAAGGGCAGGGGCAGGUGUGAACAUGGCAUGAGAGAGACAGUGAGCAAACUAACCUCGACCUGGCUGGGGGAGGUCUGAGUAGGAAAGGUUCCCUCUCUGGGUAGACUCACCAUGAAGAAACUGGCAGCCUGGGGUGCCUUAGACCUCUAGGCAUUGUCGAGCUGCCCCUGAACUGUUCCAUGAAGGCUGUUACUAAGGUGCUCCAGGGAACUCUCCAUUCCCUGCCCCUUCCUGCAGCCUGAGGCUGCUUCCCAGGCUGGCUGUGAGCCCAAGAUCCCUGGAGAGGGACACUUAGGGGGCACCUUCCACAAAGGGGCAGAUGGGGUGUAAACACCUACAGGGAUGUAGUAGUGCCUGAAGUCAAAGAAGAAGGGUGCCUUCCAUAGGUCCACUCAAAGGGGAAAAAAAGCGAUGGAGGGUCUUCAUUAAACAUGGGUCAGCAUCUCCCAGGCCCCAAUGAGCCCACUCCUAUUCAUUACAGCACCUGACCGUUGCAUGUCCGGAUCCUUUGAGCCCACUCUUAUCCUCUAAAGAACAUACAAUCGGCUUUGGGGUCACAAAAGGUUUAGGUGGGGGCUUAGGGUCUUUAAUCCCAAACUUUGUCCUUAGGAAGCUUAGGAUCAGCACUGAUCUUUCAGGGAGCUCCAAAGUGGCUUUGGAGGAGAGGUUCUUUGGCAGGGUCGGGGAGAAGUGGUGGUGGGAGGAUGAUCUAUAAGGGGAAUCAGAGGGGGUGGUGGACAUCCCAUGAGCAAGAUGUCAGAGGAGGAGGAGUUUUUUCUGUUCAAGAACAUCUUGGUGGGGCCGUGGGAUGGGCCUCAGUACCGCCUCGCCCCUGUCUGGGCCUUCCACCUCCAGGCAGCCUUCACGGGCUUUGUCUUCGUUGUAGGGACACCACUCAAUGCCACAGUGCUGGUGGCCACACUGCGCUACAGAAAGUUGCGGCAGCCACUCAACUACAUUCUGGUCAAUGUAUCCCUGCGGGGCUUCAUCUACUGCAUCUUCUCUGUCUUUGUCGUCUUCAUCACCAGCUGUCAUGGAUACUUUGUCUUUGGCCGCCAUGUUUGUGCUCUGGGGGCCUUCCAGGGCUGUACAGCAGGUCUGGUGACAGGCUGGUCACUGGCCUUCUUGGUCUUUGAGCGCUACAUCAUCAUCUGUAAGCCCUUCGGCAACUUCCGCUUCAGCUCCAAGCACGCACUGAUGGUGGUCCUGGCCACCUGGACCAUUGGUAUUGGUGUCUCCAUCCCACCCUUCUUUGGCUGGAGCCGGUUUGUCCCCGAGGGUCUUCAGUGUUCCUGCACCGUGGGCACCAAAUAUUACAGCGAGUACUAUACCUGGUUUCUCUUCAUUUUCUGCUACACUGUGCCUCUCUCCCUCAUCUGCUUCUCCUACUCUCAGCUGCUGGGGGUCUUCAGAGCUGUUGCAGCUCAGCAGCAGGAGGCAGCUACAACCCAGAAGGCUGGGCGGGAGGUGAGCCACAAGGUGGUGAUGAUGGUGGGAUCCUUCUGUCUCUGUUACACGCCCUACACUGCCCUGGCCAUGUAUAUAGUCAACAACCAUAACCACGGGGUGGACUUACGGUUUGUCACCAUUCCUGCCUUCUUCCCGAGUGCUUGCGUCUACAAUCCCAUCAUCUACUGCUUCAUGAAUAAGCAGUUCCAAGCUUGCAUCAUGGAGAUGGUGUGUGGAAGGCCCAUGACAGAUGAGUCUGACAUGUCUAGCUCCCAGAAAAUGGAAGUUUCUACCGUCUCUUCUAGCCAAGUUGGCCCCAUACUGGCCUGUUUGCAGCAACAAGGAUUUUACAUUUAAGGAAAUUUCUACCUUGCCUGUCAAAAACCAAACUACUACAACACAGAAAACAGGAAGGGGAGUGAUAGCAAUUUGAGGUCAAUUUUCCAUUUUCCUACUAUUUCCUUCCUACCUACACAAAGCUACUGUUCCAGCUGGGUCUACUUCAGACCACCCCAAAGGCCAUUUCAACAAUCAUCAGUUUCUACUCUUUUUUUAAUUUUUUUUUAUUUUUUGUGGUACACGGGCCUCUCACUGUUGUGGCCUCUCCCGUUGCGGAGCACAGGCUCUGGACGUGCAGGCUCAGCGGCCAUGGCUCACGGGCCCAGCCGCUCCGCGGCAUGUGGGAUCUUCCCGGACCGGGGCACGAACCCAUGUCCCCUGCAUUGGCAGGCAGACUCCUAACCACUGUGCCACCAGGGAAGCCCAGUUUCUACUCUUAAGUGGCAGAAUUUACAGCACUUGGAGAACAGAUUUCUACAUACACGGCAACUGUAAAGCAGUCUGGCUGAUGAUUUUUCAGUGUGUACACAACAAUUAUUUUCCUUUCUAGUAACAUUUUUUUCCCUACUGGGGAUCUGUUCAAAGAUGAUACAUUUUGAAUUAAAACAAACUUAUGGAAAUACUUUAGAAAUGGGAGAGACAUUAAAAAAAGAACCUUUAGAGUUUCCCUGGUGGCGCAGUGGUUUAAGAAUCCGCCUGCCAAUGCAGGGGACAUGGGUUCGAGUCCUGGUCCGGGAAGAUCCCACAUGCUGCAGAGCAACUAAGUUCGUGCGCCACAACUACUGAGCCUGAGCUCUAGAGCCCGCGAGCCACAACUACUGAGCGCGCAAGCCUA